CCCCGCCUCUUCUACGUUGGGGCGGUUACCAGGUCGGUUCAGUGCGCAGGCGCGGGAAAGUUGAAUUUCCGAAAAGUUUGUUGAAAUUGAGUGAAAGCGUGGGCGCCGGCGCAACUAGAACAGAACCCCGAACAAGGUGCCUCCAUGGCCGGCUCUGAAGAGCUGGGGCUCCGAGAGGACACACUGAGGGUUCUGGCAGCUUUCCUUAGGCGCGGUGAAGCUGCUGUCCCUGUCCCAACUCCACCCAGGAGCCCUGCCCAAGAGGAGCCAACAGAUUUCCUAAGUCGUCUCCGAAGAUGCCUCCCUUGUCCCCUGGGUAGAGGAGCCCCUCCCCCGGAGUCCUCUCGGCCCUGCUUUCUUCCCCUACGCCCCUGCUAUGACUCGGGACCUGGUCCAGCUACUUCAGAUUUCUAUGCCAUGGUUGCCCAGCGUCUAGAACAGUUGGUCCAAGAGCAACUGAGAUCUCCGCCCAGCCCAGAGUUCCAGGGACCCCCACCCACAGAAAAGGAAGCCCUGCUAAGGAGGCUGGUAGCCUUGCUGGAGGAGGAAGCGGAAGUCAUCAACCAAAAGCAUGCUUCAGGGUUCUCCUGCGCCACAGAACGAGUUCCAGGGCUGCACAGGGAGACAUCGUUUCAACAAAAUAAGCUAGCUUCUGACCCAGCUCUGCACCGGAAACUUGCUCGCCUGUCAGCGGGCUCCUUUGCCCGCCUUGUGGAACUCUUCUCCAGUCGCGAAGUCAGCUCCUCCCCAAGCUGUGCAAGCCCCUCGUUGCCUUGCCCGGCACCCCCACCGCCUUCCCCAGAGCCAUUGGCCCGCCUGGCUCUGGCUAUGGAGCUGAGUCGGCGCGUGGCCGGGCUGGGGGGUACCCUGGCCAACCUCAGUGUGGAACAUGUACACAGCUUUGCGCCCUGGAUCCAGGCCCAUGGGGGCUGGGCAGGCAUCCUGGCUGUGUCGCCUGUGGACCUGAACUUACCCCUGGACUGAGUGCUCCCGUGAGGCUGCUGCAGGAGUGCCCACAGGUCCUGACACCCGAAUUUCCUCUCAGGGCUCAGGUGGUGGCUGCCAUGCCACCUUCUUCUUUUUUUUGCCAAAAAGAUUGUUUAGAAAUAUUUCCGUAUUAAAAGCUUUGUUCUUUAACUAGA